ACGGAGUAUAUCUCAAUGGAAUCGUCCAUGAACGAGAGAAGUGGAACCAUGACAGACGGAUGCGCCAUUCCACAAAAUUAAAAAAAAAGAAAAAUGGACGAGCAAAGAGUAUCAACAGAGACUGAUACACGGCAUUCACCAUCACCAUCGGCGCGGGAUCGCAACUCACAAUUGCAAUUACCUCUAUCUUGUGACCCACCUGGCCCCCAGAAUCCUCCGAAAGAGGCAACAUGGAUUAUCUUUGGCGCAACAGGUCAUAUGGGUCGAUCGUUAGUGCGAACGGCUUUAGCCCAUGGAGAUAAAGUUACGGCUGUUGGUCGUGCAUUUGAGGAUUCUCCGGAAUCAAUGCAAGACUGGCAUCCGCAAUGUAUGGGGCUGUUGUGUGACGUUCGUGUACGCGAGACCGUGGAUGAUGUGGUGACCAAAGCUAUUGCGCACUGGGGUCGUGUCGAUAUAAUUGCAAAUUGUUCUGGAUAUGGUGUCAUUGGGGCGUGUGAAGACCAAGACGAUUACGAGAUUCGCAAUCAAUUUGACACGAACUUCAUGGGCACUUUGAACAUCAUUCAGGCGUCCUUGCCCUACUUUAGAGAAAAUUCGGGUGGGCGAUAUUUGAUCUUCAGUUCUACAUCUGGCUCUCUUGGUGUCCCGGGAUUAGGACCCUACUGCGCAACAAAAUAUGCUGUCGAGGGACUCAUUGAAAGCAUGAUGUAUGAGAUUGAUUCUUUUGGUAUCAAAGCCACUUUGGUUGAGCCAGGGCUGGUCCGACGAGAUGAUCCUGAUGACGAUAGUCCUCAACUACCCGCUUUUGGCCAUUUCAUAGUAAAAUCCGCUUCGGAACCAUACGCCAGCCCAACCGCUCCCGCAGGCCAUGCGAAGCGGAUGUUACAAUGGAUUAGUGAUCGGCAACGCACCAGCGCGGUGAAAAGCGCAGAAUUGAUUUGGCAGCUUGCGCACUGUUCCUAUCCGCCUUUGCGCUUCCUCCUGGGAACAUACGCAGUCGAAAGCAUUAGAGAUAGGCUCAGGUCGAUUAUUGAAGAGAUCGAAGAUUGGAAAUAUUUAAGCUUCCCAUCCACAGCCGAGGAGGCAGCGAUGGCCACUGCAGCGGAGCCAGGCCAACAAGACGAUGACGCUUGAAUGAAUAUUUGACGUGAUUUCACUAAAGAAAACUAGUUCGGCCUCAACACGAAACAAUGGCAAAGCUGACCAGAGAUCAAAACC